AUGAAGAUUCCAGCUCUUUUUUCUUUCUUUCUUUCUUUCUUUCUUUAUUUCUUCUUUUCUUCCUUUUUUCCUCUUUCAUCUGAUCGCCUAUCUUUUCUUCUCUUUCUUUCUUUCUUUCUUUUCUUUCUUUUUUCAUCUGAUUGCCUAUUUUUCUUCUCUUUCUUUCCUUCUUUCUUUCUUUUUCUCUUUCUUUCUCUUUUCUUUCUUUCUUUCUUCUUUUCUUUCUUUCUUUCUUUCUUCCUUUCUUUCUUUCCUCUUUCAUCUGAUCGCCUAUCUUUUCUUUUCUUCUCUUUCUUUCUUUUCUUUCUUUCUUCUUUUCUUUCUUUCCUUCUUUCUUUCUUUCUUUCUUUCUUCUCUUUCUUUCUUCUUUUCUUUCUUUCAUUCUUUCUUUUCUUUCUUUCUUCUUUUCUUUCUUUUCUCUUUCAUUUGAUCGCCCAUCUUUUCUUCUCUUUCUUUCUUCUUUUCUUUCUUUCUUUCUUUCUUUCUUUCUUUCCUCUUUCAUCUGAUCGCCUUUCUUUUAUCUUUUGCUUCAUUUAUUUUUAUUUACCAUUUCUUCAUAUUUCUUUAUUAUUCUGUUCAUUUGUUUUCUUAUUUCUCUUUCACAUAUGCGCCAUUCUUUUUUUUUCUUUUUCUUUCUUUUCUUUUUUCUUUCACUUGUUAUCUCUUGUCUUUUCCUUUCAAUUUUACUUCUUUUUCUUUCUUCCUUCUUCUUUUUUUUGUUUUCUUUUUUCUUUCUUUUCUUCUUUGUUUCUUUUUCUUCUCUUCUCUUCCAUUAAACAUUUUUUCUUAUUUAUCUUUCUUUCUUUUUCUUUUUUUUCUUCCAUUAAACACAAUUUCCUUUCAUUUUUCCGUUUUUCUAUAUUUUUCUUUUUCUUUCGGGAUCGUAAUUUUCUUUUAUUUUCCCGUUCUUUAUUUCUUUCUUUCUUUCUCAAUACCUUCACUUAA